CAAAUUUGGUUACAAAAAAUGAGUACAAAUUUAACAGUUUUGGUGUCUUCUAUGGAUGGCGUCGGACACGUAAAUGCUUGCAUUGGUUUAGCUCAAGUGCUGCAAAAACGGGGGCAUAAAAUUGUUUUUGUGGCAAAUCAGAUAUAUCGGGGAAAGUUAGCUGUCUAUGGAUUUGAAGAAGAAAUCAUUGAAAAAGAAGAAAGUGGUGACAAAAAGCCCGGCGAAGAAGCGGCUAAAAUGUUGUUAAAAACGGGAAUACUUUCGGGUAAAUCCUCGAUUGAAAAAAUUAAAUUAAUGUCAAAUAUGGAUUUGAGUCGAUUGGUUGACACUCACAAACAAAAUUUACCGAAAUAUGAAGCAAUUGUUGCCAAACAUAAACCCGAUGUCUUUAUAAUAGACGACAUUGUCGGAAGUCCGGCUUUUAUUUUUAAUGGUAAACCAUGGGUUGCAGUAUUUAGUGCUAACCCUUUAGCUUAUAUCGAUGACAACCAAACACCCCCAGGAUUUUCAGGUUAUUCAGUAAAUGGUGACCGAAAUAAUUGGGAUGAAUUCAGACGACUAAAAGCUAAUGUCUUUGAAAAAACUGCCAUUAAAUACAACGAAUGGCUUAAACAACUUGAAUAUAAACCUAUAAAUUGUAACCGAAGUACUAUUGAAUCGCCAUAUCUUAAUAUUUAUGGAUUUCCUCAAGAAUUAGAUUACGACGAUAUAAGACCCGUUCCCAUGAAAUGGAUGAGAAUCGAUGCCUUUCUUAGAAAAGAACCGAAAGAAUUUAAAAUUCCCGAAAAGUUACAGAAAAGAGAUAAACAUUUAAGUAAAUUAAUAUAUUUAUCUAUGGGUUCAAUGGGUUGUAUUGAUGUAAAUCUUAUGAAAAGAUUUGUAGAUAUAUUAGCAAAAACUUCACACAAAUAUAUUAUAUCAAAAGGACAUCUUCACGAUAAAUACGAUUUGGCAGACAAUAUGUGGGGCGAGGCAUCAGUUCCGCAGACAAAUGUAUUGCCAUUAGUAGAUCUGGUCAUAACUCACGGCGGGAACAACUCUGUAACCGAAACAUUUAGUUUCGGUAAACCUAUGAUUGUUAUGCCUUUAUUUGCUGAUCAGUUCGAUAAUGCACAGAGAAUUCAUGAUAAGGGUUAUGGCAUACGACUGGAUCCCUACCUGUUCUCAGACCACGAGUUAUUAAAUUCAAUCGAAAUAUUAUUAAAUGACAAACAAUUAGACGAAAGACUAUCGAUUGCAUCCAAACGUAUGCUUAACUCCGAUAGCAUUCAUAAGGCCUGUGAACGCAUUGAAAGUCUCUUAAAUUAAUUAAAGUUA